CUGCUCAGAGGCUGCCUCUCACUGGAAGGAUGCAGACGCUGAACGGAGAGAUUCCACUACAGUUAAUUAAGGAGCACUCGGCACGUGCCUGUAGACCCGGAGAGGGGCAAAUGAAUUCAGUGUCAGUGGGAGCAGCUCCUCGAGGGGAUGCAGUGAUAUUUCAAAGGUGGAAUUGAAAGAGCUUGUAAAUCUAUUUCCCGACUCCGGCUUGACGGUCAUUUCUGAAUCACUGGACCGUUGCUAUCAAAGUGAGGAGUGACCGGAGUUCCCUCCUCCAGCGAAAUUCAGAGUUAUUGGAUGGAAUCAACAUGAGCAGCGGAAUGGAUGGAUUUAUGUCAUUCUGUUAAGAUAUUGAUAUACUCUUUGUCGGGCUACUCAGUCCUCAGCAGAUGUGUCCUGUCAUGUCCUGGCUGCUCUGCCUGUGCCUCUGGGUCAGUGUGACGGCCAUUCAGCUGUGUCAGGCCACCUUCUACGACACCAUCCAGCAGCAUCAUGGGACGCGGCCCGGGCGGACCAGCAUCCACAUGAUCGAGGGGGGCACGUGUGAAGUAAUUGCAGCUCACCGAUGCUGCAACAAGAACCGCAUCGAGGAGCGGUCCCAGACAGUCAAGUGUUCUUGCCUCCCGGGGAAGGUAGCAGGGACCACCAGGAACCGACCCUCAUGCGUGGACGCGUCCAUAGUAAUUGGGAAGUGGUGGUGUGAGAUGGAGCCCUGCCUGGAGGGAGAAGAAUGCAAGACGCUCCCUGACAACUCGGGCUGGAUGUGUUACGCCGGCAACAAGAUCAAAACCACAAGGAACACUCAGCCAUACACGACGUCAACGUAUUAACACUUUGAGGAAUGGACGCAAAGGAACGCCUCUGGUGGGAAGGUCAAUCUGCAGCACUGUCACAGGACCAAUUAUCCCAAAGACAAUGAACCUUUUGUUGCUUUGAGAACUGUGAACGCUCUUCAGAUUAAAGUGUAAAAAGAUGUAGAAUACAUAAAGCACAUCCUGCACAAGGCCACUAAAAAUACUGAUGCUCCAAGAUGCCUGCGGGGGGGGAACUUCAUCAUAACCUUGUAAUGAAUAUAUUUUCAUCAUUUCUGUCCAACUUUGAGAUGGAAUGUGAAUGUCUGUGCAUUUGAAUUAGUAUCUGGGGAGCUUUAGCGUCCCUCCUCAGACAUCAGUAGGACAGAUGUUCACCACGAAGGAGACAAGAAAACAUCCAAAAGACACGAGGUGACAAGUACAGUAGUUGACAGCCCUCAGGUUUUUCUUUUUCUACAUGUAUAUAUAUAUAUAUAUAUUGUAAGAGGAAAAAUAAUGUACAGAAGUGUUGGUCAUUUUCUUAAUUCAUGGUGGUGUGGUGAAACAAUCACUGGAGUCCCCCGAAUUGACCCUCUUGUUACCCACAAAACCAACACGGCCAAAUUCCUUCUGAGUCCCAUGACGUGACGUUGAGAUAAAACCGAUGAAUUGUGACAAUGAAGUUUUUGCAAAUACAGCUUCUGUGUCGUGAUAUUUUACAUUUUACCAUUUUGUUUGUAUGGUACUUGUAUGCCUUUUGAUCACUUCUUAAAAUUGCUUUACCAGUCAAACUUGGUAUUGUGUCAGCUACCCUGAAACUGAUUGAUUCACCAAAAACGUGAGGCCAGUAGUUUUUUUUUUUUUCGAUACUUGAAAUGCCUUAUUUGUGUUAAAUCAUUCGAUGAUGAUUUUGUAAAUAUGAUCGAUAUGUGCUGAAAUUUCAUUAAAGUCACUGUUCCUGUAA